ACUGGUGCAGGGUUUCUGAGCCUAAACACCUCAGCCUCGGGGAUAGCAGUCACAACAAACUCAAUGGACAAAACCGUUCCUGGAAGCUUCAACAGCAGGACCCUGAUCCCAAACUUGAUGAUCGUCAUCUCAGGACUGGUGGGGCUGACAGGAAACUCCAUCGUCUUCUGGCUCCUGGGCUUCCGCUUGCGCAGGAACGCCUUCUCCGUCUACAUCCUAAACCUGGCUGUGGCUGACUUCCUCUUCCUCCUCUGCCACAUCAUAGACUCCGUUCUGCUUCUCCUCAAGUUUUCCUAUCCCAACAUUAUCUUCCUCCCAUGCUUUAACACCGUCAUGAUGGUUCCCUACAUCGCAGGCCUGAGCAUGCUCAGUGCCAUCAGCACCGAGCGCUGCCUGUCUGUCCUGUGCCCCAUCUGGUACCGCUGCCACCGCCCAAAACACACAUCAACUGUCAUGUGUGCUACGAUCUGGGUCCUGUCCAUAUUGAUCAGCGUUCUGAACCGGUAUUUCUGUGGCUUCUUAGAUACCAAAUAUGAAAAUGACAAUCGGUGUCUGGCAUCGAACUUCUUCACUGCGGCGUGCCUGAUAUUUUUGUUUGUGGUCCUCUGCCUGUCCAGCCUGGCCCUGCUGGCCAAGUUGUUCUGUGGCGCUGGUCGGAUAAAGCUCACCAGAUUGUAUGCGACCAUCAUGCUCACAGUGCUGGUUUUUCUCCUCUGCGGCUUGCCCUUUGGCAUCCACUGGUUCCUGUUAAUCUGGAUUAAGAUUGAUUAUGGUGUGUUUGCUUAUGGUCUUUAUCUGGCAUCACUGGUCCUGACUGCCAUUAACAGCUGUGCCAACCCCAUCAUUUACUUCUUCGUGGGCUCCUUCAGGCACCAGCUGAAGCACCUGACCCUCAGAACGGUUCUCCAGAGGGCUCUCCAGGACUCCCCUGACACGGGUGAAAAUGGAAGCAGUGUUCCUCAGGACACGGUGGAGAUGUCAAACAGCAGAGUGGAAUAGUGAUGAAGACCUCUGCCGGAACCUCAGAGGUGGCUUUGGAGUAACCACCACUCUGCUCUCUCCUCUCAGCCUUCUGACCUGACAUGCCUCAGUGGUUCACCAUCG